AUGCUGCAGGUGUUGACCACAUGGGUGACAUUCAAGAUAACGGAACUUUUGCCCCUGUUUGAGAAGCUGAACUUUCUCUCCUCGUCAUUCGUUGUCAGCGGGUCGGUGGGGGGUACCCUGAACCAAAUUAUCUAUCUAUCUAUCUAUCUAUCUAUCUAUCUAUCUAUCUAUCUAUCAGUUUGUCUCUAUCUGUCUGUCUUUUUGCAUGCCUUCUCUAUCUAUCUAUCUAUCUAUCUAUCUAUCUAUCUAUCUAUCUAUCUAUCUAUCUAUCUAUCUAUCCCUCAGUUUAUCCUUAGCUGUUUGUCUCUCAGUCUUUUACCAGUCUCUUCAUAUCUAUCUAUCUAUCUAUCUAUCUAUCUAUCUAUCUAUCUAUCUAUCUAUCUAUCUAUCCUAAUCUCUUCAUAUCUAUCUAUCUAUCUAUCAUUUGUUACCUGUCUGUCUGUCUGUCUGUCUGUCUGUCUGUCUGUCUGUAUCUAUCUAUCUAUCUAUCUAUCUAUCUAUCUAUCUAUCUAUCUAUCUAUCCUUCAGUUUGUCUCUAUCUGUCUGUCUUUUUGCAUGCCUGUCUGUCUCCCUGUCAUUUACAUGUCUGUCUCAGUCUCUUUAUAUCUAUCUAUCUAUCUAUCUAUCUAUCUAUCUAUCUAUCUAUCUAUCUAUCUGCUUGCUAAUAACUUUUCCAUUCGGAAAUACCAUACGCCAACCCAGGUCUCCUCCUCCUCCCAUCUAUCUCUUGUUGAGAAUAAUAGGUUCACCUUUUCUCGACCAUGUACACCAGCCGUCAGGUCCAUCGAACUUAUAACGUUUUUCAUCAGUAAAUAUCACUUUCUUGAAUUCGACAUGCUUCAUCUCAGCGGCGAUCUUUCGGAUGCUGAGCCCGUCUUCUCUCUUCUUUUGGACCAAACGGAUGAGUUCUUUUCCAUGCAUUCUUCUUCAGGAUUUUUAUCUCAGACACGUCAUAUUUGUCUAUCUCAGUUUCAUACGGUUCAUGUCUAUUUAAGUAUCUAUCUAUCUAUCUAUCUAUCUACUUAA